AUGUUUGGACGAUUGCGUAGAACGGGAUCACGGUUUUGGAUCCCGGAACGGCGUCCGAGACUUGUUCAACGAGACUACGGGCAUACAUCGGGCAUCAUGCGGCUCUUGACGUCUCUCACAUUCGGAGUGUUUACACUCCUAGCAUUACCAGUGUCUUUAGUGGCAGCCCAGAAAGUCAACAGCAUCACAGAUGCUGUAGCACAGCUUCCUACUUGCGCCGUAAGCUCCGCGCUUCUUUUGAAGCUCACACUCUCUCUGUAG